GGUUGCAACAUGGGUGCACAUGUUAUACUACAAAUUGGAAUCUAUUCAUGAUUAGAGCUGGGAAUAAAAGGGAUGCAAUAGCUUUUUCUCUUUUAACACAAACAGUACAAUUACAAUGAUUUUCAUAAGUGCUUGUGAGGCUAUGAGUAUAUCAUUGUACCAUCUGAUUUCAUCAAGCACCAUUUUCAUCGGAAUUUUGUACCUGGUUAUUUGAUAUCGUUUUACUGGAAGCCAUAUUAAAAAUUUCAAUGCGAAACCAAGUUAUAAAACUAUAAAUUGAGUCAAAAAUCCAUUCUAAAGCUUUUGUAUAUUUAGUUUCCCGAAUACUAAUUUCCAACAACUCAAAGAUGUUCAAGAUAUUAUUCCAACUAUUAGCUAUUUCAGCAGCUUUCGUUCUUACAGCACCAGUCAACAAUUCAACUACUGGGAUUUCCAAGCUCAACUCACAGCAAUACAAUGUUGUUCCAUUUGGUCAUGUUGACUUGGACGAUUAUCUUUCAAACUCAACAACUUUUGCUAACCACACCUAUUUGAGUGCACCAGGUUCUCAAAAUGGUUUAGAACGUCGUGGUAGUGUUCAUGCUUGUCAGGGCAGUUUUACCAAAAAGCUAUGUAUCACUGGGUCAAAUGCUGCUAACCUUGUUGGUGCUCUUUGUCAUUCAAUCAGUGUCGCCUUGGAAAUUCAAAGUGGGAAUCAUAACUGUGCUGAUACUGGAGUUCAUUCUGUCAGUGACCAGACUCAAGGAACCGUCUAUUACAAGUACAAGACCACUGGGAAAGGAUGCACUACUACUGCUGAACCAGGGACCAUUGAAGGGGCUCUUCACAAGUUCAUUAAAGAGAAAAACCAGGACAAGAUUUGUGAUUUCGUGUGUAUCAGGUUGACCCAUGGGGGUAACUGGAGUGGGUAUGUUGGAUUGGGAACUAGCCAGGACGCUGUCAAGUACUCACGCUGUGACCAUGAGAUUGGCUCGUGGAGUGCCUGUGUUAACGGUGACAAAGGCGACCGUUGAAGCUAAAUGUUAUAGAUUCAAAUUCAAAUUGUUUAUUUGUAGUUCGCGAAGCCGUUUAUGUCCGUU